ACUCUGUGCAGUACCAUGGCCAGGUACAGUGAUCUUCAUAACGCGUUCGGGAAGGAUUACCAAAGAGCUGUGGAGCACUACCUGACCUUUGGGCUCAAAGAAAACCGCCUGGGCUACCUUGAAGGGGGUUAUGGAAACCGAUGGACCGUGUCAGAUCCUAGUCACGGUCUGUUCGUCAGUGCCUCUCGGAGGAUGGGGGGUGCUAUCGAUAGCUUGGUGUGGAACAACCACGAAUUCAUCAACGCUUGGGACCACGGGCGAGAGCUGCAGAUGGCGAUGAACUUCGUGCCUCACGGCGAGGCGUUCAACCCCACAGAAGGAGGCGGCAGGACAGACAGUCAGGCAGAUUCAACCAAAACCGUAAUCAGGCACAUACAUGCUGCAGGCAAGACCCUAACCUCGGAGGUUCUCCCAGCUUUCUGGAUGAGGGCGAACGAUCCAGAGUCUGUCAACGUCAUCGACACCUACCAAUAUCCGUUUUCUAAAAGUCACACUCAGCUGCCCAGGGGUGGCCAAAGCCUGCUUGGUUUUCCAAUCAACCUUUACUGUAGCAGGUGACAUCCCAGCAUACACUGUGCUACAAAUGGAGGCCCCGACCGGUUACAUGCCCAGCGAGUUCACCGUGUUCCGCAGCGUGCACCUGACCAGUGGUCAGCUGGUGACGUACACCAACACGCACCCAGUCGUUGCCUCCACUGCCGAUGAUCGCUAUGCCAUGGGAGUGUUCGCACCUGCUGGCCAGGACACGGACCUUUUCCAGUACUAUGGCGUCUUCCACUUCGGAUCCAACCCUGACAGCCCUUCUGACGAC